AUGGCCAAGCGAAAGAGACAAGCUGCCGCGGCCGCCGAGGCGGUGGCAGAGAGAACAAAGGCAAGCAGCGAAGCAAAGGCAGGCCAGAAGACAACAAGAAGCAGCGAAAGCAAGGCAAACGCAGCGACCGAGACGAUACAGAUUGUAGCCGGGUCCUACGACCAGGUUCUGCACGGCUUCACAGCAACCAUCGGGCCCGGCACGGACAAGGUCGAGUUUGCCGACACCUUCUUGUUCAACGCUCACGCCUCGGCGAUUCGCUGCGUCGCCGUGUCGCCCCCCUCGGCGCCGGUGCCCGGGCAGACGCAAAAGGUGCUACUCGCGUCCGGCAGCACUGACGAGCGCAUCAACAUCUACAAUCUGUCGGCGCACCCGCCAAGCAAGAAGAAGCAGGACCUGCUGUCCAAGGUGGCGCCGCGGCCGAUACUGGAGAAUGCCAAGAACCGCGAGCUGGGGACGCUGCUGCACCACGCGUCGACGGUGACGGCGCUGCGGUUCCCCACGCGGUCCAAGCUGCUGACGGCCAGCGAGGACUCGACCAUUGCCGUGGCGCGGACGCGCGACUGGUCAGUGCUGAGCACCAUCAAGGCGCCCAUCCCCAAGGCGCAGGGCCGGCCGAGCGGGGACACGGCGCCGUUUGGCGGAACGCCAUCCGGGGUCAACGACUUUGCCAUCCACCCGAGCAUGAAGGUCAUGAUUAGCGUCAGCAAGGGCGAGCGGUGCAUGAGGCUGUGGAACCUGGUGACGGGCAAGAAGGCCGGGGUACUCAACAUGAGUCGGGACAUGCUGCACGAGAUUGGCGAGGGCAAGCACUCGACGGGCGAGGGGCGCCGGGUCGUGUGGGGCAGCGCCGACGGGGCCGACGAGUUUGCCGUCGGGUUCGAGCGCGACGUCGUCGUCUUCGGCAUGGACAGCGUGCCCAAGUGCCGCGUCCUGGGUGCCGGCGCGCGCACAAAGGUACACCAGGUCAGCUACGUGACGGUGGACGAGGCGGCGGGGCUGUCGCUGCUGGUCGUGUCGACCGAGGACGGGCGCGUUUGCUUCUUCUCGACGCGGGCCGACGACGUGUCGAGCCAGGACGAAGCUGGCUCGGGCGUGCUGAGGGCCGCCAAGCUGGUGGGCUACGUCGGGGGCCGGGAGGCAGGGAUUACGGGGCGGAUCAAGGACUUUGCCGCGGUGCGCGGCGAGGGUGACGACGGCGGGCGGGUGCUUUACGUGGCGGGCGCGGGCAGCGAGGGCAAGGUCCGGCUGUGGAGGAUCGGGGCCGAGGAGCUGGCGGAGGGCGUCGGGGGGGCGAAGCAGGAGCAGGAGCAGGAGCAGGAGCAGGAGCCGGUGGGGAGGCUGCUGGGGACGUACGAGACGCAGAACCGCGUCACCUGCAUGGCGGCGUUUAUGAUGAUUGCGCGGCCCGAGGGGACGGAGGGGAGCGAGGAGGAACUGGACGAGGACGAGGACGAGGACGAGGACGAGGAUGAGGAUGAUGAGUAUUGA